AUGGGCACCAAUUCAUUCUUUGCACGGGCUGCUCGAGUCCGCCAGCAGAGUCGUACUGUGCGUGUGCCCAUCCUGCUCACCCUCUUCUUAUUCUUCCUCUACCUUUUCGGUGGGGCAGUCAUCUUCUCCCAUUGGGAGAACUGGUCAUUCACGGAUGCCACCUACUUCGUCUUUAUUACCAUCUCUACUAUCGGCUUCGGAGAUCUAAUUCCGGGCAUCGAGGAUGGUGAUUUUAGCAAACAAACACAAAAGUUUAUUGCAGCCAUCACCUACCUCCUCCUUGGGUUGGCCCUCGUCUGCAUGUGCUUUGACUUGAUGCAGCGAGAGUUGAAGCGGAAGUCCAAGAAGCUGGCUCAGCGCAUUGGCCUUAUUGACAGUCAGUAG